UUCAGAAGAACUGAGUUCAGUGUCACAACAGAGCAAGGCUGAGGCUCGGGCUACAUCUGGGCUUCUUUCCCUUCCUCGCAGCUGGGACUGGCUGCUCGGCACUUUGCACUCAUGUGAAGAGAUCCCACAAGGAAGAGGAAAAGGUCUUUUUAUUUGUAAUUUACUACUUUCAACAACUACUUUUGACAUUAAUUGCUUUUAUUCCCAUUCUGAGGGAAAAAACAGCACAUUGUUGUCAUUUCACUUUUUCACCGGUGUGGAGGGAUUUAUCUGCAGGCAUCUGGAUGGGAAAUGAAUAAGAAGAUAUAAACAGCAAGUGCUAGAAGAGGGAAAAAGACCUGCGUGGGAAAAGUAGAUGUGAGGCAGUCAGGGAAACUGAUCUGGAAUGAAGACAUUUACUAAUAUCAUGUGUGUCUCAUUCUGCAACGCACAUCAUGUUACUGAGGAAGAGAUGCAGAUUGCUUCUAUGCCAGCUGCAGGUAGUCAUGCUUAUGUUUGGACUGUUGUUGGUGCUGGUAAUUGUGGCAAUACUCAAUCCAGAAGCCCAGCGUGAGGACAAACCCCAAGAUUUUCAGUAUUACUAUGAAGGCGGUGGACAUGGAUGGGCAGGUGAGGACUUAGUGCAGGAGAGAGCUGAGGAAAGCAAUCACUUUAAAGUGGAAUUGCUGUCUCCUCUGUCCUCACUUAGGGAGGAGGGGCUCAUUGCUAUAGGCAUGUCUGGUCCAGAGAGGAACUUUGACAAAGUACCAAGAAAAAUGUACAGAAUAGUGAAACAACUCAAGCGGAAGAAUGAGGAAACUUCACCUUCUCUGGUACUGCGGAGCGAACUGAACACAAAUGGUUUUGAUGAAGAAGUCAGCAAAAAUAUUCCCCUGCACCGGAUUAUACCUGAUGGUCGCCACCCAGAAUGCCUUCAGCAGAAUUACGGGGAAAAACUUCCCAUAGCCAGUGUUAUUAUCUGUUUUCACAACGAAGGCUGGUCUACACUUUUAAGAACUGUACACAGCGUACUUGAUAAUUCACCAAGAACAUUCCUGAAGGAAAUUAUCCUUGUAGAUGACCUAAGCCAUCAAGAACAUCUAAAGUCCGCCCUUAGUGAGUAUAUCUCCAGGAUUGGUGGAGUGAAGUUGAUAAGGAGCAACAAAAGGCUUGGAGUUAUUGGAGGCCGAAUGCUGGGAGCAGCAAGAGCAACAGGGGAAGUUCUGAUCUUUAUGGACUCUCACUGUGAGUGCCACCCAGGCUGGUUAGAGCCAUUACUGAGCAGAAUCAUGCAUAACAGGAAUCGAAUAGUCUCUCCUGUUAUAGAUUUUAUAGACUGGAAGACAUUUGAAUAUUCUCAUUCGUCAUUGCUGCAACAAGGAGUAUUUGACUGGAAACUUGAUUUUCACUGGGUUCCCCUGCCAGAACAUGAGGAGAAGGUACGCCAAUCCCCCAUCAUUCCAUUCAGAAGUCCAGUUAUACCAGGAUAUGUGCUUGCAUCUGAUCGGCAUUACUUCCAAAAUAUUGGGGGAUUUGAUACUGGUAUAAAUUCCUGGGGAGUUGAAACUACAGAACUAUCAAUUCGGGUGUGGCUUUGUGGCGGCUCAGUAGAAAUUGUGCCAUGUUCACGAGUCGGUCAUGCGUAUCAGAAUCACACUAUGCACAACUCUGUUCAAAAUGAGGAUGUAUUAAGAAGUAAAGUCCGAACUGCUGAGCUAUGGAUGGACUCAUAUAAGGCAAUCUUCUAUAGGAACGUUGGGAAUUCUUUAUUAAACAGGAUUCAAGAGUCUGAUAUUAAUGAACAUGAACAGCUGCGACAAAGGCUGGGUUGUAAGCGUUUCCAAUGGUUUUUAGCUAAUGUUUAUCCAGAAAUCAACAUGUCUACAUCUACACUGGAAUCCUCUGGACAACUGUUCAAUGCAGGAUUUGGAUUAUGCAUGACGCAUACAUUUAGGGAAAGACUCUUUGUUACACCUGUUAAACUUUCCAGUUGUGAUGAGAAUGGCAAUCAGGUUUUUGAGUAUAACAGCGUUAAUGAAAUCAGGUUAACAUCAGUGCCCCUUUGCCUUACUGUGAGACAUGAGCAGAUUUCAUUUGAAAACUGUACAACCAGCAAACCUGCCGCCAGCCGAUUGUGGCACUUUGGUCAGGCUGGCUCUAUCACACACAUUCCUACCGGCAAGUGUAUAGAGGCUAUGGGCACUGGGGCCAGAAAAUCAUUGUACUUGAAUCCCUGCAGUGACCAUAGAAAUCAGAUCUGGAAAAUGUUACCUGCUGUGUGUAAAGCAUCUGCAUAGUGUGUUGUACAUUGUACUGGCUGCUAGAAUGGAGACAGUUAUUUAUUAAAUUUACACAACUGCAGAUCUAAAAUGGGUGGACCAUAAUCAUUAAUACGGAGUAACAACAUAACUGGUCCCAGGAUGGAAUAUAUACUUGGAAUCUGAUUGUCACAUACAUGUGUAUGGGGAACAGUGUCUGGCUAUAUAAUUGGCAGCCGAGCAACAGUUCCGUUAGUGUUGCAUGUUUCCUUCCUCCCAUGACAAGGCUCCACUGGGCCAGAUACUUUAUUGUUAUCAGAUAACAGGUGGCACUGACCACACAUAAAUGCUCCCAAAUAUUACUGAUGAUUUCAAUGCAGUCACCAACACUCUACCAUGCUACAAACUACAGUGACUUUCCCAUCAAUUACAAGCCUCAAGAUAACCAACUGAAAAAACUGGAAUUGGUGCAGCCUAGAAAAAUGUGGUGAAAGAAGAUGAAAUUCUCCAGGCAACAGGGUGAGCUCUAUGUGCGUUAUGGUGGAAAUCUUUGCUCCCAUAACUAGAGAGCAGCUGAACUUAAAAAAAAAUCUUAAGACAUAAUAAAACGUAAACGUGUUGAAUUAUG